GGGCGCAGAGCUGCGCGCAGCCGCGGAGGAGCCCCCGUACGAGCACCGCGCUCCGUCGGAGGCUAGCGCCGCUCCCGCGCUGCCGCCCGCCCGGUGCUGCGGAGGUCGGGGCAGGAGGACCCCGGUGGAGGCCGCCGGGCGCCCCCGUUUCCCUCGCGGGCCGCGGGGGGGGCUGCCGCCGCCGCUCGCUCCCUCCGCCGUGCGUGCGGGGCGGCCCUGGCAGCGCGGGGGCUUGCGGGGCCGCGGGCUCCUGUGCGGCGCCGGGACCCUGGGGCUGGAGGGGCUCCGACGUGACCCUUCGGCUUCGUGGGUGCCCCUGGGGGGGCGCUGCCCGCGGGGGCUCUGUCCGAUCGGCUUCAUCCGUGCUAGUGACCGUGAGAACUGGGAUGGAAAGGGAAGGGAAGGGUGCAACUGGUGCACAUCCUUGUGCCGGCGGGAGGGAGAUUCAAACGCAGAGAGGAACCGUCAUCGCAAAGAGCAUGGGAAGAGAUGAAGUCCAGAGGGGAGAGCAAGAGAGGCACAGGGCCUCUUGCUUGUCGUUCUGGUGGAUAUUGUACCAUGAGAUUUUCGCUUUAUGACCCUUUCAGCAAGUAUCCUGCUGAUGUUGCUGUUUCCCCACGUGGGCUGGUUCCCAGGUGAGACCUCCGCUGUGCUCCAGCUGGGAGGUUCCACUGGCCGUGGAACACAGCCCCAGUGAAUGCCCUUUCCCCCAGGAGACGCACGUGGCUGGGCUGUGCGUGCCCAGCGCAGUGGGGCUGAGGGAGACCUUGGGUGCGGGGAGGUGCAGCCAAAGCCAAGUGUCUAGGACUGUGCCUGCUCUCUGGCAGAGAUGCCUGUGGAGCUUUGGCAGCACACUCGCCAUGUGGAGAGCUGCAGGAUCAGCCUGGGGGCAUGCCAGCAUUCCAAAUUCCCAGCUUUCUGCAACCUUCCUUUUGUCUUUGACCCAGGAGCAUCCCUGUGGGACAGGCUCAGCCAUGCCCUUCUGCUCCCUGAGCUGUGAUGAAGGUGGUGUUACGACCAUGCUCACUGGUGAUAGAAGAUGGUCCCAAUAGGAUACUACCCCCCAGACUGUUUGGGGAGGGCUGUGGUGGUGGGCCCCCAUCCCUGCAUGCUCAGUUUGGUCUCUGUCAUCUCAAAAUGGGGAGAAAACAGGGAUAGGAGGAAGGGAAAUGGAAGCAGGCAGGUGGUGUGUGUGUGGAGGUUUUGGGAUGUGGGGUUCUGCCUUCAGGGAAGGGAGGAUGUCAGGUCUGGAGCCAAAAUGGGCAGGGGGGUGAUUACUGGAAAUGCUGACAGGAAACUAAGGGGGAGGAAAUGGCAGGUGGGAACAGGUUUUGCUCUGAGCACAAAAGAGGAAAAGCAGUGGCAGGCAGUGGAAAACCUGUGGGGAGCAACAGAGACUGCACCCACAGAGGCUGAGGACGGAGGGGCCUGUGCCUGCUGCCUGUGCUGCCCACAUCCCUUCGGUGGCAGGGGUGACGUGAGCCGUGUCUGGCCCGGUGGAUGUUCCUGUCCUGGUGGCAGGGGGAUGCGGCAGGAUGCCUGGAGCACCCCAUCUCUGCAGGGCAGGAGCUGGGACAUGGGUGCUCACGGCCAGAGCAGGGGGCUGCAGGGGUCCCUGUCUGGCUGGGGCUUGUACAUCCCAUGUGUGAACAACCAGAAAGCUCUGACCAAGCCCAUCUCCAUGCCACGCCGCAGCUGUCCUCAGUGUCUGCAGCCUGGCAGGGUGUGUGGAUCCCUGCCUGAGCUCAGCUAGCACGCCGGACAGGGCAGACAUCACCCUGUCACCGCGCCAUGAUGGCAGCAUCACUUUCUGUGAGGGGUCCUCUCCCUGGUGUAAGACAAGGACCAGGGUGGCACAGGGAGGCAGCGCGGUAGGAGGCUGCGGAAGCCCUUUCCCCUGCACCCGCCCAUGCCAGUGACAGGGAGCUGCUGGGCUGUGACCUGAGCCACUGGGAAAUGGCCAUCAGUGGUGCUCAGCUGUGUUAUUUGGCUCCUUCUUGGGACCAAGGGCACGUGGCAAUAUGAAACUGCAGGAGGAAUCAAGUAGUGAACAGAGGAGAUAACAAUCAGACUGAAGCAAGAGAAGGGGAAAAGAGCGGAAGCCUGUGAGCACAGAGGGAACUGCCGGGCCAAGCGGCGCAGAGGUGAGGUCCUGGCAGGGCUGCAGCUUGCUCCAGCUGAGCAGUGACCCUCGUGCUGCAGGGAGAGACAGGAACAUCGCAGCCAGUCCUGCUGGGUGCCCAGCAUCGUCACCACAAGGCCAUCAGGAAGACAGCAUGGAGGUCCAGCUGGCCAGCGGCUUUCUGCCCCUGCUGCUCCUUGCCUGGCUGCCUGCUGGACUGUCUCACCAGAUUUCAGCCACAAUUGACGUGUCGGUAGGGUUAGAUCUCAUCUUGCAGUGCCUGCUCCAGGCAGGCUCAAACAGCACUGCCAGGGGUGUGAAAUGGUUUAAUACCACACAAAACAAUGGAGAAAAGCAGAAUGAAGAUGGUGUGGAGAUGAAAAAUGGUUCUGCCCAGCUCGUCUUCCCCAGUGUGAACAAAGCACAUUCAGGAAUGUACACGUGCAGGAUGGAGAACAUGAGGAACACGUCCAGGAACAAAGAUUCCAAACUGAACACUCAUGGGACAGUCGCCAGCCAGCCAAGAGAGUCAGUCAUCACCACAGAGUGCAGGUUCAAGAUUUGGUCAGAGAAUCUCACAGUACACGUGAAGUGGUACAGACCUGCAGGUCUGGAGGUGGGGAAUCAAACUGACACCAUCGUUCUGGGAGAAAACUGUGCCAACCUCACCAGCCCUGGCACGCAUGCAGCCAGCACAGGAAUCUGUGGGUGUAGGGUCUUCAUCACAAGAGUAAACUUGACAGACACUGGAAAUGGUACGCAAGGGACAGUUCCUAGCUGUAGCCCUGGGGCACCUCAGGCCAAAGGCACCUGGAUUGAGACCUGGGCAGGACUCAACUUCCCCCUGUGUAUCAUCUUCAGCUUAGCAGCGGCGACGCUUCUUUACAUGCUGGUAAUUGGCCUUCUGGUGUGGCGGUGCAGAAGGAACAGAAAAGGAAAGAUUACAAGCAGGCAAGUGGUAGAGAUGGAUCAGCUCAGAAUGGCAUCCUCGGUGACAGGGACUGAGGACCUGACCUACGCCAACCUGAAGUUCGAAAAGAAGGGGGCGAAACCCGCCUCCUCUGACGUUGUUUACACCGAGAUCAAACCAUCACAGCAAAAGCAGUGUGGCAGGGAUGCGGGUGCUGCCAGCGCAGGGAUGGUUAUCUCCCCCAAGGGAGAGGACAAAUGAGGGAGAAGGGAGGGAUGGGCAGCUUCUUGUACGCCUGCUGGGUUCAUCAUCCCCGAAAACUAAGUGUUAGCUUAUACAGAAGCACAGUUUUGGUAACCAAAGCCACUUGUUUACCCUCAGAUGGCUGCACCACUGUGCUUUACGUUCCCCUGGAAGAAGCCAUCUCUCGUGGUGAGGACAGGGCUCUUCCAGCCAGUUUUCCCCUUGCCUUCCCGCAGCCUCAAGCACCGCCAAGCCUCAGCAAGGAGGCCAGUCCUCCUUUCACGGUGUUGGUCACCAAUGGGCCCCUCUAGCAACUUGCUGUGUGUUUCAGCAGUGUCACUGUGCACUAUGUGGCCACUGUGAUCCAGGGAGCACUUAUCUCCUUGGUGCUGGACUUGCUGGGUAGGGUGGCCAUGGGAAGCUCCUCUCGGCACAGUAAAGGUCCUGGAGCAAUUUUCUGGAUUUUCUUUGGAGGAGGCACCUGCCAUGCCAUGGGCUGACCUUGCUGUGGUUCACUCAAAGCACAAGGAGCAAGGCUGGAAAGGCAUCAUUUGCUUUGUGGAUGUGCAACACAAGUGCUCUUGCAGUGGUCUAUGUGUAUCUGCUUUGUACUGGGACUGGAUGGGUGUCCUCAUGCAUGUUGAGCUUUCCUGUAAUUUGAGGAGGAGGAAAAAAAAGGUCAUAUUUUUCCCUCA